GUCGCACCCGGCGACAUUGGAUGACUCCGGGCGGUGCGCGGAUGCGGUUGACGGACUGAACCAGCGCCGACCGAAUCGAUCAACCAACCGACCAGCGAACAUGGACCACGCGGUGCAUGCGGCCCGCGGCCGGCCGUGGAACAAGCUGCGCUUCGAGAACAACGAGCUGGAGAGCCUCUACCAGCGCUACACGCUCAAGCUGCAGCGGUUCUCGGUGACCGGAGUCGUGGCGCUGGUGGUGAUACUGUGCGGCGUGAUGGGCGGCCUCAGUCUGGGCUUCAAUCAGGCUCCAACUCUGCACAAUGUAUUUAACUCGUUCCUGUGCGCGUUGUUCGCCGUGCUGCUCGGGUCACUGCAGUUCCGGCUGAUCCGCGACUCGCACCUGCCCUACCUGUGCUACGGCAUUCUGUUCUUUACCGCCGCCUUUUGCUUCAUCUCGAUGCCGACGGUGGGCAUCGUGUUUCCGGUGGACACGCGCGAGGUGAUGGCCGAGGGCGUCUGGCAGAUAGUGUUCGUCAUCUUUCUCGCGUACGCGAUGAUGCCGCUGCAGAUCUGGGAGGCGUCGCUGUUCGGGCUGAUUCUGCCGUCGAUCCACGUCGGGCUGACCAGCUACAACAUGUACACGGGAAACUUUCAAUAUCUUGCCUUCCAGCAGCUUGCCGCCAACAUCGUCAUAUUUUUCGGCGUGAACGUGGCCGGGUUCGUGGUGAACGUGAUGAUGGAGCGCGCCCAGCGGCGAGCCUUCCUCGACACGCGCAACUGCAUUGCCGCCCGGUUGGAGAUGGAGGACGAAAACGAGAAACUCGAGCGGCUGCUGCUGUCGGUGCUGCCCCAGCACGUCGCAAUGGAGAUGAAGAACGACAUCCUCUCGCCGGUCGAGGGCCAGUUCCACAAGAUCUACAUCCAGAAGCACGAGAACGUCAGUAUCCUGUUCGCGGACAUCGUCGGCUUCACCGUGCUGGCCUCGCAGUGUAGCGCGCAGGAGUUGGUCCGGCUGCUGAACGAGCUGUUUGGGCGCUUCGAUCAGCUGGCGCACGACAACCACUGCCUGCGCAUCAAGAUCCUGGGCGACUGUUACUACUGCGUGUCGGGUAUACCGGACCCGCGGGCGGACCACGCUCGGUGCGCCGUCGAGAUGGGGCUGGACAUGAUCGACGCGAUCGCUUCGGUGGUCGAGCAGACGGACGUGAUACUGAACAUGCGCGUCGGCAUCCACUCGGGCCGGGUGCUGUGCGGGGUGCUCGGACUGCGCAAGUGGCAGUUCGACGUGUGGUCCAACGACGUCACGCUGGCGAACCACAUGGAGAGUGGCGGCGAACCGGGCCGCGUGCACGUCACCCGCGCCACCCUGGACGCACUAGGCGGCGAGUACGAGGUCGAGGCGGGCCACGGCGAGACACGCGAUUCCUAUUUGCGCGACAACCAGAUCGACACCUACUUCAUCGUACCCCCCGCGCAUCGUCGCAAACCCCUCAUGCUCAACACCCUCGGUGUGCGGUCCGCGCUCGGGGCGGCCAACCGACGCAAGUUGUCGUUCCGCAACGUGUCGAACGUGGUCGUGCAGCUGCUGCACACCAUCAAGUACUCCGUGCCGGUACCGUUCUCCCACAUGGCGACCGGUGGAGGCGGCUCCCCGUACCCCAGCACCAGCGGAGGCUGCAGCUCUAGCGGCGGGCCCGGUUCCAGUGGGAAUGCCGCCGGUGGAGGCAGCGGUGGGGGAGCCGGCGGCGGUGGUCUGUUCCUGGACAAAAAUGCGCGCAAGAACAAGGUGACGGAUAAGUUCAAGCGACCGUUCAAGAAGCGCCACUCAAGCGUCUACCAUCAGCCGACGAAUCGCGUCAACAAGUUCCUGUCGCAGGCGAUCGAGGCGCGCAGCGUCGACCGGGAGAAGUCGGUGCACGUGAAGCGCAUCUCGCUGCAGUUUCGCGAGAAGGAGAAGGAACGCCAGUACCAUCAGGACUUUGAUCUGGGCUUCACGACGGCGAUGGGGUGCAGUUUGCUGCUGCUGAUACUGAGUGCCGGUCUGCAGAUUUCUGUACUCCCGCGCACACUUAUCCUGCUGUUGCUGUUUUUGACGGCGUUUGUUUGGAUCAGCGCGAUCCUGAUGCUCCUGCUGGCGGUGCGGCUGAAGUGGAUCUUCUGGGAUUUGUCGCAGAGCUUUUCCCUCCGUCUGGCCAUUACCAUUUUCACGAUCGUACUUCUCUACUCGGUCGGUCAGGUGAACGUGUUCACGUGCUUGUCGGAUCACCCCUGUACGACCAACUUUACGACCAAGAGCGUGCACAGUGCCGAGCCGUCCGCGCCACUCGCCGGUGACGUCCUGAUUGGAGGUGAGCUGUACAAGGGAACGCUGACCGGCGAGCAGACGGUCUGGUCUGGGCAACCGCUAAACAACUACAGCCACCGUAAAUGUGCCCUGCCGCAGUACAUCGCCCUGUCGGCGGCGUACUCGUUCUUGUCCGUGUCAAUUUUUCUGCGACUGCCGAUCCUGAUCAAGACGGUGCUGGUGACGCUGAUGGGCUUGGUGUACUGCCUGUUCAUCGAGCUGUCGCAUGCGAACAUCUUCGACUGCUACGAUCAGCGCGUCGAGUCGGCCAUUCCACUGCACACGAUCUCGGUGGCACGCAUCCUCAUCUUCAUGAUCGCAAUUCUCGCCCACGGGCGGCAGGUGGAGUGGACGGCCCGGCUCGACUUCCUCUGGCAGCUGCAGGCAUCGCAGGAGAAAAAGGAAAUGUCCGUGCUGCAGCAGUCGAACCGGCGCAUCCUGUACAACCUGCUGCCGUCGCACGUGGCGGCCCACUUUCUCGAUAAUCAGUUCACACGCAGCAACAUGGCGACCAUGCGACAGGAUCUGUACCACCAGAGCUACAGCAAGGUCGGGGUGAUCUUCUGCAGCGUGCCGAACUUCCACGAGUUCUACACCGAGCUGGACGGCUCGAACCAGGGUGUGGAAUGUUUGCGCCUGCUGAAUGAGAUCAUAGCUGACUUUGACGAGCUGCUGUGCGAGGAGCGAUUUCAUGCGAUCGACAAGAUCAAAACGGUCGGCAGCACGUACAUGGCGGCGGUCGGACUGAUACCGGAGUACAAGAUGCUGCCGAGCGAGCCCGGCUCGACCCGCCGCCUGAUGACGGCACUGAUCGACUUCGUGAAGGCGAUGCGCGUUACGCUGAAGAACAUCAACGAGAACUCGUACAACAACUUCAUGCUGCGCGUCGGCGUCAACAUCGGACCGGUGGUGGCCGGCGUCAUUGGCGCCCGGAAGCCGCAGUACGACAUCUGGGGCAACACGGUGAACGUGGCGUCGCGCAUGGACUCGACCGGCAUCCCCGGCUACACGCAGGUAACGCAGGAGGUGGUCGAAAGCCUGCAGGGUUCGCACUUUGAGUUCCGCUGCCGGGGGCAGAUCAAGGUGAAGGGCAAGGGCGACAUGGUGACGUACUUCCUUUGCGAGCAAAACGAAAGUCUCUUCAACGGAGCGGGCGCACAAUUCUCCGGUCUCGGGACGAACGGCGGUGGUAUGCACAGUAUAGGUGUGACGCCACAACCACAACCGGCACUGCAAACCGGUGGCGGACAGACGACGAUGGUGUCGCUCGUUGGUGCGGGAGCGGGGAGUGUCGCAGCCGCCUCCGUCACCUCCGGUUCGGGCACUGGAACCGGCUCGCUGCAGCACAACUACGGCGAAAAUGCCCACCACAUCGUGCUGCACCAUCACCACCAUGGUGGCCAGCAAGGCCCUCCGGGUAUGAUGGCUCAGGCACAAAGUUUGCACGCAAAACAGCGCGGCAACGGGGCGGAUCUCGAUCGUACCGGUAGCGUUGGCAAGAACGGCAGAUGGCAGCAUGACAGCUGCAGUGGUAGCUACAGCAGCAAAAAGGAGAGCUACGAUUUCCUCGAAAGCCCUAACCUACUUCACCAGCAACAGCAGCAGUUGCAGCAGCAGCAGCAACAGCAGCAGCAGCAGCAGCAGCUUCAAAUGAAGCACUUGCAGCAGGUGCAGGGUGCACAAGUGGCAAAGCCCUCAAUGCCAUCUUUUCAUGGUCCGUCGGCGCACAAUCAACAGCAACAGCAGCAGCAGCAGAAACAACAGCAGAAUCAAUUGAAAGGCGCCUACAAGCAGCACAAUAGCAUCAACAAUAAUCAUAUUCUAAGCAGUGGCAUGCAAGGCGUCGACAACUACGCCAAACGCAAUCCAGAGUACCAGCAGCGGCAGCAGCAGCAGCAGCAACGACCACAAGCGCCGAGUUACAACAUCCGAGAGAACUUUAACAUAAUCGAAAACCCCAACGUUACCGAUCUGGACGAGAACAACUUCAACAACGCCCAGCAGAUGCAGAUGGUCCGGGACCAUCUGAACAACGGGCAUAAGAUAAGGAACCAUCAUCAUCACCAUCAGCAGCAGCAUCAUCAGCCUGAGCUGCACCAUCAACAUCACCAGCACGGUUCCACUAGUCACGUUUCGAACAGCCGCGGUGCCUACUACUACACGGCGUCGGAAAACGAACCCCUGCUCGGUGCGACCGCUGGUGGAGGUGUGAUAGGCAAUGCGGUGAUCAAGCCGAUCCAGCAAAUUCAGCAGAUACCGAAGUACGAGCCGCCGCGCUACGCCACCGGUUCGUCGAUGUUUCCGCUGGCGGGCGUUGGUGGUGGCGUUGAUGGCGGUGGCAGCGCCCAGAGCUACGGCGGCUACCUCAUGUCGCACAACGCACCCCAGCAACAGUCGCCUCAGCCGGCCGUACGUCACCACCACCAGCAGUUGCAGCAGCAAGCAGAACAUCAGCACCAGCAUCAACAGCAGUAUCACCAUAAUCAUCACUCAUCGCAGCGUCAACAGGCUGGUCUGCUGAAGCAGUACAUCAAACCGCUGCCCAAGCUGCCGCCCGAGUUCGACGAGUGUCGCGAGCUGUCCUCAACCGACGAUCUGAGCUCGAGGCCCCACUCGCCCUCGGUCAGCUCGUCGGACGAGAGCUACUCGAAGACGACGGAGGGUGAAGACUUCGAUGGGCACUCACCGCUGCCGGUCGGUGCUGUGUUCGCCAACGUCAACAACGUCAACAAUCCGCUGCAGUAUUUGUACCCGUGCGACAUCCAGGUCGAUCCGACCGCCUCGCCCAAGCUCAGCCCGAUCGAUUUCAGCAACAUGCGUGACUUCGAAGAGACGAGCACGACGGCCGAAACGAAGUCGUCGUCGGCGCACAACAAGGGCGAAUCGUGCAACAGCUUCGAGUACCACGAGAAGGACGCACCACCGUCGGCGGCGGUGGCAGCCGUAUUUCCCAAGUCGCCCUUCGAGCGCGAGCUGCAACGCCGUAUGAACGAGUCCCAGUCCCGGCCGGUGCUGGCGCAAUCGGGAGGGGCCAGUGGCGGGGGCGCUGCCGAUGGCGGGGAACGUGCCGUCACGCACUCGUCCAGUGGCGAGGUGCCUUCGCGCGACUCCUAUCCCAAUGCGCACACUCGCCAUCUGGAACAGCAACAGCUCCAGGUCGGUGGGGCAGGUGACGUCUUCGAGCGGCAGGAUUCUACUUCAGACCGGACCACAAAGAACGUCAGCAGCAUCUUGAGCGCGAAGCAUCCGGGCACACUGGAGGCCAUCAAGGAGGCGACGCGCAAUAAAAACCCAUCGGAAUCAAGCCAUAUGCAAACUUCGGACACCGAGUCGUGUGAGAUAAUUCAUGAUUAUCGAAUGCAACAGCAGCAGCAGCAGCUGCAGCAAUCAUACAUGCAGCUUCAGCAGCAACACUCUCAGCACAACCAAAUGCAACCAGAGCAACAGCAGCAGCAACAGCAGCAACGCCAUCGCCAUCACAAGUACAACCCGUCGAAGUAUGAUACUUCGUACAACAUUGAGGGGGCCGAAGAGAUGCGGCUCUCCAGUGGCCAUCGUUACUGCAGCAAGGCCGCCGACGAAGAGGACGACGAGGAGGAGGAAGAGGAGGAGGAGGAUGAGGAGGACGACAUGGGAGACGAGGAUGAGGUGGAGGACGAGUACGAGGGAGAGCACGAAGACGAGGACGAUGAGGAUAACGCGCGGCGUCCGGUGCAGCGUCCGCCGGGACGUCGGGAGCAGCGACGCAACAGCUCGGAAGUGUCCGCGGCUGCCCGCAAUUACAUCACGGACGAGCUGAAGUACGGCGCGGGGCACGCGGGACCGGCAGAGCGCGAGAACGCCAGCCAGCCGAACAGCGGUCACAAUUCGCACCACAACCACCAAUCGCUCGACUCGAACCCGGUCGAGAGUCAGUCGGAGUGGAGCGAUGACGAUUGUCGCGAAGAAGCCACUGGUGGCGCCGAGAGCACCGGUUACAUCACGGACGAACCGGGGCUGGAGAACAUCUCGCUGCUGAACGAGGCCGGCUUGACGGACGCCGAGGGCGCGCUGUCCGACGUGAACUCGCUCUACAACGCGCCGGAUGUUGACGACACCUCCAUAUCAUCCCGUGCCAGCAGCCGGCUGCUGAGUCUGGAUUCGCUCAGCGGACUGUACGACUGUGACAUUGCGAUCGGCGGUACGGCGCAUAAGUAAACCCACAACGAUAGAUGAUGUACCAGCACCUUACAGCAUACCCUCCGUUACUUCGCCUCUGCUACCGCUCCGCAACCCAAAGGGGCUUUAAGCUAUGAAUAUUAUAUUUAUUUACAUUAUACCUCGAAGUAGAGUCACUCGGCAACAAGAAACAAAAACGGGAUUGCCGGUGUCACUCAGACAAGAAGAACCCGGAAGAAGAUCUAGGUUGCUCGUAGAAACCUCCGCCGAACGAUUCGGACAUUAUUCUUUGCUUCCGGUGCCGUUUCUAUAACGAUGCGUCCGUAAAGCGCUCAAUCUAAGGCCGUGAUGGGGAUUGUUAGCAAACCUGCAACCGCUCAAAUUGACUCGCAUGUUUGAAUUUGAAUUGAAUCUCUCUACACAGGAUACACACCCUGGUGGAUACCGUUAAUGGUGUUUUGUUCCAUUUUUUCCAAGACAAACCCGUUACUUUUCUCCCUUCUCAACACAGCUUCGGGAACGCUGUUUGGUAUAAAUGACGAUGGGCCUCCGUCGCAUGACGCAAACAGUGUAAACAUCUCUGCCGUUUCGGUACUUCCCCCCCAACGGUGGUUAAACGUCUAGCCAAAGAGUUGUUCAUACACGCUACAAUUCAAGACUACUUUAUUCUCUAUGCCUUAAGCGCACUACUAACGUUUAUAUGAAUAUACGAUGAACUACAGCAACGUUGAACCCGGCGCAUCCGGAUUUGAGUAACAAUAUAAAAAUAAACCUUCAUGUUCAACUCCUUACGCGGGCUACGUUCUUAUUGCUUCGUUUUGGUUUAAGUUCGCCGCAACUGUUGUAUACCUUAUUCUGCUUGGCAAGGAUACAUUAAAUAGGUUUGGUUGUGCCUUACAUCUAUCUAACUGUGCUCGACUUGGUGAUUGCCUGCCCAAACAGGUUUCCUUUGGCGACAGAACAAACAAAAAGGAGGCUGUAUGUCGGAACUGUUGAACAGAGUUGCUCGCAAAUCUGAUUCGACAAUAGAUGCCGACGUUUGGCAGCUUACACAUUGGUGCUGGAGCUAGACUGUCUGGGCUAACGUAUGCACUUAUUUUUUAAAACUUACUCAAAGGGAAAACUUAAACAAUAUACAAAAGGAGUAAAAAUUAAAACAUUGAAGAAAAAAAAUGGAGCCGAAUGGCGUUCCGCGAUCCGCGAAAUGUCGACUUUCUAACGACACCGCUCGCCUCGCGGACCAAUCGCCUCUGCAAAAUCGCUAGUGCGCUCCGAUCAACACUCACGAUCGGUUUAAUGUAUCUCACCGUCGGAAACAAAUCUCCUCCCAAAGCUUGUGAAACUUUUCACCAAAAGGAUCAUACCAUUAUCUCCGUAACAUACUUUAUGGCCUUGCGUACAUUGGGUGUAGAACUGGACGGCAUCGUCCUCCGGACGCGCGGCUCGAUCCUCUUCACACGUGUGUGUCUGUCCGGGCGACAACAUGUAUUGAAUCUUUAGUAAGGUAGUACUCAAUAAAAUAUUGCAGAUCUGUUGUUUCCGUUCGUUAAAUUAACGCAUGCGGAAAAUCGGCUAGUGAAUGAAAAACGCAUUGCAUGAAAAUGUAUAUUUUUCAGAAUAUUGAUAUGAUGUAAAAAAAAUGUACGGUCACAUCCUAGAGCGAGAGAAGGAGAGAAACACUAGCCAGGGCUAGGCAAGUAGUUAUCCAGGAUAAGCAUACAAUCUCGAACCUAUUUGUAAUUGAACCCGUGCAUGUUUGUGUACCACAGAAUGCUUCAGUUCAUCCCUGACAGUUUCACUGUGCGGGUUUUUUUGUUUGAAUUAGGUACUUCUGGUAGUUUAAAUAUCCCGGAUUGUGGGUCAACAUUAAAACUGUUUCUCCCCCUCCCACCCGGUCGCACGCUCCGUUCCGGACGGAAAUUGUUUGUUUCUUCGUGCGAACCAUAGGAAAAGUACUGUUUAUAGGAAUGCGUUGCUAAUGCGCUCCGUGCAAGAACUGAAUCUAGGCAGCGUUCGCUGGAUUAACCAUUUCAUCCUGGCUACGUUAGGCAUUUGUACCAGCUGUAUCCUAUGUACAUUUAUGUUUAACCAUCAUAACGAUGCAAAUUAAAACGGUAUUCUUAUUUUACUGAAAGGAAAAAUAAAAACCAACCCUCGAAGAGUGUUUCUUGACUGGACUGGUGUCCGAAAUGUCAGCUUUACGCUCGUUGUUUCUCAGUGUGAUCACAUUUCAAGGUAAAUGAGACACAAAAAUAUGUAAAAUACAAUUAAUACAUUCAUAAUAUAUUAUAUGUAAAAUAAAGAAAAUA